AUGGCCUGGUUCCAGCAAGUUUAUAAUACUAUAGAAAAGUAUGGCAUCCUUGAACAAGAUAUCUACAAUAUCGAUGAGACAGGCUUCCAAAUAGGUGUGAUAUUAACAGUAAAAGUUAUCUGUGGUUCAGAGACACAAGAGAGCCAAGCAAAGACUAUACAGCUGGGCAAUUGUGAAUGGGUCACAGUCAUUGAGGCAAUCAAUGCAACUGGCUGGGCCCUACCACUGCAAGUCAUUUUUGCAGUAAAAAAGCAUCAGUGCAAAUGGCCUAGAAUGGCUUAG